CAAGUUGCGGUUCGUUCAAUCGCAACGAAUGGGAUCAGAGGUCACAACGAUGCACAUCAACACAUAAGCCACUUUAUGGCAACUUGAACCCGGACCUUUUUGUUCACAGCUCUCUGCUAUCCAUCCUCAAGCCGCCAUUCGACAAGGAAAUCGGGAAGACUCGCCGCUCCCCCCAUAGGAUCACACACCAUCGAUAGUCUGCACGUCAUGACCUCUCUUGCUAGCAUCCUUCGCCCUGGACUCAUUUCUCAGCGCUCGGCUGGAUUGAAGGCUCUUGCUGCUUCUCGCUUCUCCACAUUUACAGCUGUCCGCGCCGAAGCCAUUGAUACGCCGUCGACUCCCACAUCCCCACCAUCGUCUUCAUCACAACAGCCUUCAGUGGAUCUUUCAUCAUCAGGACGCGCCACAGCGGAGCCCAUUAGUCCAUUCCACGUUCCUUUGCAGGCAUGGAUCCGGGAUUUUAAAUCGAACGAACCCAAGGAUCUGAUUCAUCUUCAGCGCAAGAUCUUUGGGGCUCCCCUGAGGAAGGAUAUCUUGCACAGAGUCGUGGUCUGGCAGCGGGAUGCGGAGCGUCAGGGAACACACUCAACGAAGGGAAGAGGCGAGGUCAGUGGAACGACCCGUAAGGCUGCUCCGCAGAAGGGUCGUGGUGCGGCUCGUGUCGGCACAUUGCGCGCCCCACAGCGUCGCGGAGGUGGUAUCGUGUUUGGACCCAAGCCCAGGGACCAUGCGAGCGAGCUCCCUCGCAAAGUUCAGGAGAUGGGUCUCCGCAUUGCACUGUCGUCAAAGUUUGCGCAGGACCAGUUGGUGAUUGUGGACGAGCUGUCGAUGGAUUCGCACAAGACUCAGGAGUUUGAGACGAUCCAGGAACGUCAUGGCUGGGACUCUGUUUUGGUUGUCGCCAGCAAGGAGAACGAGAGGUUGUGGAGGGCAACAAGGAACCUGCAGCAGGUUGAUGUGGCAGUGAUGCAGGAGGCCGAUGUCCUGAGGAUGCUGAAGUAUCAGAUGGUCGUGAUGGAUAAGCAGUCGGUACGUUACUUGGAGAAGAAGUUGAAGAUCUAAAGCCGGCGUCGAUAAUCCGGUUGACAAGGGAAAGAACACUGUGCAUGCAGAAGCACUGUCGUCAUUCGUUCGUCCACUCGUUCGUUCACUCGUUCGUUCAUAUAGAUUUUUUUAUCCGUUUCAUGAUCAUUUAUUAUUAUUGUAAAGAAAAAAAUAAAAUAAAAUAAAAAAGA